CUGGGAUCUGUUGGGUGUUGUUGUGGGGGGAGUGAGGAAAGGAAGGGGCUGGAAGAGAGUAAAGGGCUGUUGUUAAACAGUUUCUUACCGUAAGAGGGAGUUCAGACCUAGAUCUUUCCAGUUAAUCACACAACAAACUUAGCUCAUCGCAAUAAAAAGCAGCUCAGAAGGCUCUUUUAGGCACUGACUCGCAACAGGAAUCUUUCAGCCCGGCAUCCUGUGCAAAGGGAUAGGCGAGCGCGUCCCGCAAGCAUGAUGUGGGGGACCAAACUUCUGCCGGUCUUGCUGCUGCAGCACGUCCUUCUGCACCUCCUCCUGCUUCCCGUUGCCAUCCCUUAUGCAGAGGGACAGAAGAAAAGAAGAAAUACACUUCAUGAAUUUAAAAAGUCAGCAAAGACUACUCUAAUUAAAGAAGAUCCAUUACUGAAGAUUAAAACCAAAAAAAUGAACUCAGCAGACCAGUGUGCCAACAGAUGUACUAGGAAUAAAGGCCUUCCUUUCACUUGCAAGGCCUUUGUUUUUGAUAAAGCAAAGAAAAGAUGCCUCUGGUUCCCUUUCAAUAGUAUGUCAAAUGGAGUGAAAAAAGGAUUCGGCCAUGAAUUUGACCUCUAUGAAAACAAAGACUAUAUUAGAAACUGCAUCAUUGGUAAAGGAGGCAGCUACAAGGGGACAGUAUCGAUCACAAAGAGUGGCAUCAAGUGCCAGCCUUGGAAUUCCAUGAUCCCCCAUGAGCACAGCUAUCGGGGUAAAGACCUACAGGAAAACUACUGUCGAAAUCCUCGAGGGGAAGAAGGGGGACCUUGGUGUUUCACAAGCAAUCCAGAGGUACGCUACGAAGUCUGUGACAUUCCUCAGUGUUCAGAAGUUGAAUGCAUGACCUGCAAUGGUGAAAGCUACCGAGGCCCCAUGGAUCACACAGAAUCAGGCAAGACCUGUCAGCGCUGGGAUCAUCAGACACCCCAUCGGCACAAAUUCUUGCCUGAAAGAUACCCCGACAAGGGCUUUGAUGAUAAUUAUUGCCGCAACCCUGAUGGCAAGCCGAGGCCAUGGUGCUAUACUCUUGACCCUGACACCCCUUGGGAGUACUGUGCAAUUAAAAUGUGUGCUCACAGUGCUCUGAAUGACACCGAAGUCCCUAUGGAAACAACUGAAUGCAUUCAAGGCCAAGGCGAAGGAUACAGGGGAACGUCUAACACGAUUUGGAAUGGAAUUCACUGUCAGCGCUGGGACUCUCAGUAUCCUCACCGGCAUGACAUAACACCUGAAAAUUUCAAGUGCAAGGACUUAAGAGAAAAUUAUUGCCGCAAUCCAGAUGGGGUUGAAUCACCCUGGUGUUUUACCACUGAUCCAAACAUCCGAGUUGGCUACUGCUCCCAAAUUCCCAAGUGUGAUGUGUCAAGUGGACAAGAUUGUUAUCGUGGCAAUGGAAAAAAUUACAUGGGCAACUUAUCCAAAACAAGAUCUGGACUAACAUGCUCAAUGUGGGACAAGAACAUGGAAGACUUACACCGUCAUAUCUUCUGGGAGCCAGACGCUAGCAAGCUGAACAAGAAUUACUGCCGGAAUCCUGAUGAUGAUGCUCAUGGACCUUGGUGCUAUACAGGGCAUCCUCUCAUUCCUUGGGAUUACUGCCCUAUUUCCCGUUGUGAAGGUGAUACCACCCCUACAAUUGUCAAUUUGGACCAUCCUGUAAUAUCUUGUGCCAAAACAAAACAACUGCGAGUUGUAAAUGGCAUUCCAACACGAACAAAUGUAGGAUGGAUGGUUAGCUUAAAAUACAGAAAUAAACAUAUCUGUGGAGGAUCAUUGAUAAAGGAAAGUUGGGUUCUUACUGCAAGACAGUGUUUUCCAGCUAGAAACAAAGACCUGAAAGAUUAUGAAGCCUGGCUUGGAAUUCAUGAUGUUCAUGGAAAAGGAGAGGAAAAACACAAACAGGUCCUAAACAUUUCCCAGCUGGUAUACGGACCUGAAGGGUCAGAUCUGGUUUUGCUGAAGCUUGUGAAACCUGCUGUCCUAGAUGGUUUUGUCAGUACCAUCGAUUUACCUAAUUAUGGCUGCACAAUUCCUGAAAAGACUACCUGCAGUGUUUAUGGCUGGGGCUACACUGGAUUGAUCAACUCGGAUGGUUUAUUAAGAGUAGCACAUCUCUACAUCAUGGGGAAUGAGAAAUGCAGUCAGUACCAUCAAGGGAAGGUGACUCUGAGUGAGUCUGAAUUAUGUGCUGGAGCUGAAAAGAUUGGAUCAGGACCAUGUGAGGGGGAUUAUGGUGGUCCACUUAUUUGUGAACAACAUAAAAUGAGAAUGGUUCUCGGUGUCAUUGUUCCUGGACGUGGAUGUGCCAUCCCUAAUCGUCCUGGUAUUUUUGUCCGAGUGGCAUAUUACGCAAAGUGGAUACACAAAGUAAUUUUAACAUACAAGGUGCAACAGCCAUAGCAGAAGUAACCACUCUUGAAACAUCUUUCCACAUAUGAUAGUUUUUCAUGAGGAUUUCAGAGAAUUCAAGAUUAAAAGGUCACCUAAAACAAAUCUAAAACAACUACUUGAGUGUCCUGAGUGUUAAGAUGCUCAUUAAUAUAUUUGGAUGUUUUCUGUUGUUUUGUUUGUCAGUGCUAUUUUGUAAAUGUUGAAGUGAAGUGAGGUACCAGUAAGUGCAGUAACAUUUCUCCUGAAGAUACUUGAAUGGUUUAAAAAAUAAAAAGGUAUAAAUGCUAGAAUAUAAAAGAUUUAAACAAAAUGGUCACUUAAUCACUCUAUGCUGCUUUUCAGGUUAAUCUCAUAAUGAUCAGUAAAUCAUAAGUUAAACAUUAUUUUAACCUCACCAAAACAAUUUACACAUUGUACUCUUAAGUUGUAAGUCUGUGUUAAAUUUUAUUAUGUUUCAUGUGUCACAUCUUAUAGUUCAUUCAUUUCUACACACUAUGUACUCUUCAAACUGGCACACAAAUAUCCUUUUCCAAAAACAUAUGUACCCAUGACACAUGACUGAGUACACAAGUGGUAUAUAAUACAGUCCAAAUUGUGGUGUAUCUAGUGUAAUCUCUAAAUAUUUUAGAGAUAUGUAUCUAUAAUUAUACUUCAAGAAAAAUAUAAAAUGUCCUAAAGGUCAAUGAAAACAUUCAGGAAAGUUGCAAGGUAGAAGUGAAUAUCCUCUGUACAUAUCUAUAGAUGACUUCCUCUGGUAAUCAUUUAAAGUGAGAGCAGAAAACAUUGAAUUAAAUAGUGCCUACCAUAGAUGUUUAUUAAUAUUUAUUAUUCUACUUAUUUCAUGUGCUUUGUAAUUCCUAAAAGGAAAAAAAUAAUAUGUGUAUUUGUAUUAUUUCUUCCUUCCAAAUUUGGGGCUACUUAUUUAUGCAUGCUAUUUGAAGAUCUAUUUUCCUGAAUUGUUUCUUACAUUCUCAAACGUGUGUCUUAUUGAAUACAUUUAGUAGUGUCUUUGUCUUUAAAACUAUAUUUAAAUAGGUUAAUUUCAAAACUUGUUACUCUGAUUGGCUUCUAGCUCAUUCUCCUUAAAUUGAAAAAAUAUAUAUUUAACAUAAUUUCCAUGUCUGUAAAGUUUUAUGAAUAUUCCUUCAUUAAAUUAUACAUAUUUUGGAGGAAAAAUAGUCAAAAUACAUUCCUCAAUCUGGAAAUUCUUAGUUGGUUAGUCAUGGGAAAAAUAUGAAAACAAAGUAGAACUAGUUUUCUUAAAUUCUUUAGUGAAUUAUUUUUAAAAGUAUGGUUGAAUCUUCUAAGUCAGUUAUUUUAUCAAGAUUUCUUCAUAUUAUCUUAUUUCUUUCAGCAAAGCUCUUUCCUAAAGUCAUGAGGAAUAUUCAUUUAAAUUUUAUAUUCUGCUUACUGACAAGCAAAUUAUAUUUAUUAUUGUAUGUGCCAUGACUUGCUAACAGUCAUAUAUUUAUCAAGACAUGAAAUACUGAAUAAUAAAACAGGUUCUAAAUUUUCACAGUCUUCCCAUAUGAACUAAGAAAAUUCAAAGUUUAUUAUUUGAGUGUUUUGAAUACAGGAUUCCUAUUUUUCAGAUUUUGGUCUCUUAAAUCAUCUUUAGGUCAAAGAGCCAAACAAUGCCCUAGGAUGUUACCAUGUAUGCUGUUCAAGAUAGAGUAAAGUGGCUUUAAAUUUAUGGGAGAUUUAGUUCAUAGAGUAUAGGAAAACAAAUCCAGAAAUUAUUACAAAACUGUGAUAUAUAUGUACAUAUAUAUGUGCACAUAUAUGUUUGUAAUAAUACAAGCCCCGUCUCAAGAAACAGUGAAGCAGAGAGAUCAAACUGGUUGCCUGGCCACAUCCUUUUAUUCAUUACAUUUUUCUUUCCCUUCUAUAGUACAUAAUUUUAACAAACACAGAAAUUAAAAAAUAUAUAUUGUUAAAAUACUAAAGUACUUUUCAUAGUUUCUUCUUACUGGAUUGGCUAAAUUUUAGUCACAUGUAAAUUUUAUUGAUAAAACUAUUGUAACAAUUGAUACUUCAAAAUACUGACAUUUUACAAUACUUCUUUUAAUGUAUUUUCCUAUAAAUAUCUGUGGAAAGAAAAAUAGGAAUUAUCUAGAUACAAAAUACAGCUAAGUUUUCAGAUACUUUGGAAUCAAUGUUUUCUAUUUUAUUAAAGGGCAAGCACAACAUCAAUAAAUCAGCAACCAUGGUGCACAAAGCAACUCUCCCUGAGGGUUCCUUUGCAAUAGAGGGAAGUGGUUAGUGUUAACCGUGAGCAGAAUCCUUAAUGUCUUACUAGCUAGGAGAGGGUAAAGUCAUCUGAUAAAUGAUACUGUGUAUUGGAUGGUUUUCUAUGAAAAAGAAUUCAAGAUAAAAGAAAUCAAAAGCUCUGUUCAUCUAGAAUUAUAUUUUAUUUUGCAUCAUGGACAAGAGGGCCUUUUAAAUUAAGAGCUUCAAGGUUGGUUUUGUUUUGACUGAAUAACGGUUAUACACUGUUAUAAUUGUAGACAUUUUCUUAUGUCUACCAGGAAUAGAAAUGUAAAACUAUUAGUCAUAAGCCUCUGCUGUGCAGGGGAUGAUAAUCCUUUUGUAUAUUUCUUUAAUGUUAUUAUAAAAUGCGUAAUGACUUUUACCUAUUUGCUGUAGGCAGGUCCUCAGUAUAAGAGUUUAUACCGAGUCAGUCUCUAGUAUUAACAGGCUCUUGUUUGCUAUCUGAGUGUUUCAAACUAUAAGAAUGAGAGACACUGGAAGGCAAGAAAAAUAACAAUAAUAGCAUGUGAUGGCAAAAUUGUAUUUCACUUAUUCCUGUGGAUAUUUCUUGUUGGUACCAAUGGUACUAUACAAAGUGAAUGUUUCAUUCUCUUGAAAAGAGCACUGUCAGGAGUGAAAAAUUACCAUGAGGCAUUUUCUUAUUGUUUCUAUUUCUUUUUUUUUUUGAAAGAAAUGCUAGCAUGGUAACUUACAGAACUUGAAAUAAAAAGUUUUAAUGUGAUCUCAUGCUAAGAAAAAGCAAACCUUAAAUUGAGUUACUGAAGUUCAAAAAUAACUACUUCCAUUCAUUUUAAUUUUAGAACCACUUGUUUAUAUUUAUAGAAAGCUCAUAAAAUAUAAUGAAUUUGAGUACAAAGGCAACAUAUUUGCCUUUUUUAAAUACAUAAUUUUUAAAAAAUUACUGUUCAUGAUUAAGUCCAAGAAAGAAUUUAUCUUUCAAAAUUUAACUGAAUUUAGAACCAAGAAUUUACUAAUACAAACCAAAAAGCUAUUAAAACAUCCUGGAUCCUUAACUCUUGACAGUGUCACUUUUAUGUAGGUUCAUUUCCAUUUGCACAGAAAGUUUCUGUCUUUAGGAAACUGAAAAUGGAAUGCUGUGGAUAUUAUGACUGUUGUCUGUGUAAAUAAGACAAUGAUAAGCUGCCUAUUGAGUGGUAGAGCUGGAUGCUUACUCCAGAAAGGGAACACUGUGGUGAUGACUUGUAUUAUAGUCUGUAGUUAAUAAAGUUGUUAUUUUUAUAACCAUGAUUACAUUCUUAUUCUUAAUAACAAUAAAAUAUUUUACCUAAAAGUC